CCUAUUGAUUUCUCCGGUAGGUAGAGUUAGUGGUGGUUCAGGAACGCUGACGGUGCCUUUUUUUAUUUAUUUAUUAACUGCGACCUGCUGCUUUUUUUCUUUCUCCUGCCUCUUCCCCUCCUCUUGUUUCCCCCUCCGCCUGACUUGUCAUCCGUGUUUUCUUUUUUUCUUGUCGCAUCUUUUACCCCGCCAUGGCAACCCCGCAGGAACUCGUUCCCCAGACGGAAUCUAUCGCUGAGGUCUACGCAACCGACGACGCUUCUGUCACCUCGAUUGCCCCUCAGCACCAGGCCCGGUUCAAUAAUUUGGUCUCCCAAUUUACCAAGUCAUACAACCAUCGCCCGGAUUUCGUGGCCCGCAGUCCCGGCCGCGUCAACAUUAUCGGCGAGCAUAUCGACUACAACCUGUAUGAUGUCCUUCCCACUGCUGUGAGUGUGGACGUGAUCAUCGCUGUAAAAGUUGUCCCCUCGGCAGGCUCUGAAUCCGUUGUCACGAUCUCCAAUGUUAACCCCGAGAAAUUCCCCACCCGUGAGUUCACUGUGCCUCGUGACACGGACAUUGAGAUCGACCCUAAGAAACAUGAAUGGGUCAACUACUUUAAAGCUGGGCUUCUGGGCGCCCUGAAGUUCUUGCGCAAGCACAAUGCAGAUGGUUCCUUCGUACCCGCUAGUAUGGAAGUCCUCCUAGAUGGUAACGUUCCCCCGGGUGGUGGUAUCUCUAGCAGUGCCGCUUUCGUGUGCGCCAGUGCCUUGGCAGUCAUGAAGGCCAAUAAUCACGAUGUCUCGAAGCAGGAUCUACUUGAUCUGGCAGUGGUGUCUGAGCGCGCAGUUGGCGUCUACUCGGGAGGAAUGGACCAGGCUGCUUCCAUCUUCUCUCGUCGAGGAUAUCUGCUGUAUACCCAAUUCUACCCUAACUUCUCGGUUCAGCAUGUUCCUAUCCCCAAGGCAGAGGAGGAGAUCACCUUCCUCAUGGCACAGAGCUUUGUCACCUCCAACAAGGCCGAGACCGCGCCCCGUCAUUACAACCUCCGCGUCGCCGAGUGCACGCUCGCCGCCGUGGUCCUGGCUGCCAGACAUGGAUUGACCCUUCCUAAGGACAAUAGCUCCCUUGGAUUUAGUCUUCGUAACUUUCACAAUGCACUGAUGAGCAAAGAGGGCCGCCUAGGGGAUCCCCUGGAGUACCAAAUUGACUCGGUGAUCCAGAGUACCAUGGAGCAUUUGACGCAAGAGCAAGGAUACACUCGCGAGGAGAUCGCCAAGCUCCUUGGUAUCACAGUUCCUGAGCUCGAAGCUACGUAUCUCUCUUCGUUCCCCGUUCAAGCAGAACGCUUCCUCCUCCGGCAGCGUGCCCUGCAUUGCUUCACCGAGGCUCGUAGGGUGCUGGACUUCAAGGCGUGCCUCGCUAAGGCGACAACCCUCGACGAGAAACGUAUCCAGUACCUGGGUCAGCUUCUGAACGAAUCCCAGGCCUCGUGCCGCAACCUCUAUGAGUGCAGCGCUCCGGAAGUGGACGAGAUCUGCGACAUCGCACGCCGGGCGGGUACAUUGGGUAGCCGGCUGACUGGCGCUGGAUGGGGUGGUUGCACUGUUCACAUGCUUCCCCAAUCCAAGGUUGAGGUUGUUACCAAGGCCUUGAAGGAGGAGUACUACCUUAAGAGGUUCCCGGACAUUAGUGAGGAGAAACUGACCGAAGCGAUGGUAAUCAGUAAGCCAUCUAACGGCUCGUUCAUGGUUACGGGCGCAGCCAUUGCCCAGGUUGAGGUCUAAGGUGGGUUGUCUUGAAUGUAAUGUUUCAUAUAGUCGGUAUGAUGGCCUUGAAUCUAGCGUUGGUUUAUUCCCCUUGCAGACGGCAAGCACAGACGCGAAGUUCUGUGUUCAUUGGGAAUCAAGCACUUGUGUAUAUCGUGUCAAAUUAUCUGUACAAAUGGGAUCAUCUUCAGUGACCACGAAAUGCACGAAUGUCCUCUUCAAGUGCCCAUCUCUUAUGAUUAGAAGCAUGAAGAUAGCAAUUUCAAUCGCUGAACUCUUCGGCAGGAGAAGGCUUGGGGCACCACGCUCAGCUCCUUCAAGAUAUGCGACAUCCCGGACGCAUUUCUGAAU